UGUCGUUUUUAUUUUACUUUGGGGGGGAGCAAGUCUUUUGGAAAAAAAAAAAAAAAUCCUUAGCCUACCAAGGCGCCUUUUCGUUUGCCUCAGGUUACCCUGUAUCCAGUUGAUCAAGUUCUUUCGUUUGCUAGUUUUUAAACUUGAAUGCUUCAAAGAUAAACGCAAAGUUCUUUGGGUUUUUGCUUCAGAGAUGAACACUCACAACACUCGUUUUGUUUGCGUAAGAGAUCUGGGUCACCAUGUGGACCGCAAGGUUAAUGUCUUGGGUGUUGUUUUGGAGUUCAGUCUACCGAGAAAGAGCAAAGGAACUGAUUAUGUUUCAACAUUGAAGCUUAUUGAUGAAUCACAACAAAGUCCCGAAUUUUCAGUCAACAUCUUUGCUAAGACUAUUGAUCAUCUUCCCCAUGUUCGGUCUUAUGGGGACUUGAUUCUCCUGAAAUGUGUUAUGAUAAAAAUGUAUGAGGGGCAAGUUUCGGGUGUAUCCUACAAGGAUUCCUCAUCAUUUGCGUUAUUUGAUGGAAAACCUAGCACAGAAGCUGUUAAAUAUCAAUCUUCUCCGAGAUUUCUUCUAAUAGAUUCUGAAAAGGAUUUCAUUUGUCAUUUGAGGAGAUUAUUUGAUGGUGUUCAAUUCAGUUCAGGAUCUAGUGAUUAUCUUCUUUCAAUGACGAACAUCAUAGAAAAUACUUGUUUUGAUUUGGUAUGCAAGGUUUUGCAUAUCUCCUAUGAUGCCCAUGCGGAUGAGUGGAUGCUUUUUGUAUGGGAUGGAACUGAUGUUCCCCCAUUAAAUUUAGAUGGAACUCUUGUGGAUGAAGGAAAGAACCCUCUUCCCCUUCAAGUUGAAUCGGCUCCUUUAGACCUUCAUAUUCUCCGCCAAUUUGAAAAAGUUGGGACCGUGCUAAGAAUCAUAGCUGACCGAAGCCACGGAAAUCUUGGUCAGCAUUUCACAGCUGUUGGCAAAUGGGUUAAGCUGCUUGACAUAACUUGUCAAAUUUCUUCAGGAAUAUGGCGUGGUGUUUUAGAACCUUCUUCUAGAGUUCGUUUUCUUUCUGACAACAACAGUGUUGUCUUGGACUUGCAUGGGAACUACAAUGAUAGAAUUAUUGGAGCUAAUGGCCGUUUGCCGCAGUGGAGCAAUUCUUCUGAUUUUUUGACUGUGAUUGAUUUAAGGGACAUUACAUUCGUAACAUUGAUGCAUAUUAUUACGAACAUCGAGGUGAAUGUCAGGUUCUGUUGUAUUGUUCGCAUAGUAGCUUGUUAUCCAUAUGAAGCUGAUUACUUUAGAACGCAUCCCUGUCCUAGGGAAAUGAAGAUGAGAUUGACGUUAGAGGACCCAACAGCAAGAAUCCAUGCCAUUCUAUGUGGCGACGAAUGGGUGAAACUUUUUGAUGGCUUCCAUAUUGAUGUUUUCACUGCCAAACUAAAUAAGCUACUUGGUAUGCCGGAGCGAUGCAAUGGUAGCAGUGAUGGUGAAAUAUUGAGAAGUCCGCCAUGGAUACAAUGUUGCGUAAAAGUGAAGAGUUGUGAUAGGUAUAAUAGGCUUUAUUAUAUUUGUUCCACUAGGAUUGUGAUGCAGUAGCCCCUUGAUAGUGCAAGUUUUUUGUGUAGCACAAGUUUUUUGAUGGUGAUCUGGACCUUGGAAGCUUGAUGCAUAUCUCCAGUGUUGUAAAGAACUUGUAAAUAUAUGAAAAUCUUGUGCUAUGUUUUGUUGCCACUUUAUUUUCAUUGUGUAUCUCCAUACAAAGGAGUGAUGGCAUUGCCCUCAAGUAUUCCUUUUCAUUGUUGCCA